GUAUGUGUGUGUGAGGUGAAAAAAAGGGGAAGGGGGGAGGGGAAAGAAAAGGUUCCUUUCGCCACCGCCGCUGCCCCCGCUUUGUGCGCCCUCAAGGCUCUCCAGAGGGGGCCCCCCCGCAAGGCGCGCGCGGAAGUCCUCCUUCCCCUUGAGGUUAAGCCCUGGGCCUCCAAAGUGUGUUACCCUCACGUUGAGGCUAGACAUUAAUUUUAAAUGGCGACUGAGCUGUCUGAAGCCGAUCCCGCACACCGUAAGGCAGUUCCACUCUUAACAGGAGCUCCCCUGGACAAGUUGAGUGAGACAGUAGAAGACGGAGCCAUGCCGAUCCGCCGAGCGGUGAACGCUUCUUCUCGGGAAACUCCUCCCAAAAGCAAGCCUGCUGAAGCUGAGGAAACCAAGCCAGAACCAGAUGUCAGCUCGGAAGAAUCUGCCUCCACCGUGGAGGAACAAGAGAAUCAGGCACCCGCGGCUGCCCCCACUGAGACAGAGCAGCCGAAGGAGGCCGAGGAGGAGGAGAAGGCAGAUGUGAAGCCUGCCAAGGAAGCCAAGAAGGAGGAGAAGGAUGCGGAGAAGGAAAAGGAGAAAGAGAAGAAAGUGAAGAAAACAAUUCCCGCCUGGGCCACUCUUUCGGCCAGCCAGUUAGCCAGAGCGCAGAAACAGACGCAGAUGGCAGCUUCCUCUCGGCCCAAGAUGGAUGUCAUUUUGAUCGAAGCAAUCAAAGCGUGCUAUCAGAAAGGCGGGGCGUCGGUGGUCGCCAUCCGAAAGUACAUCAUCAGCAGGUACACUUCGCUGGACCUGGAGCGGAGGGGGUACCUCCUGAAGCAGGCCCUGAAGAGGGAGCUCGAGCGGGGGGUCAUCCGGCAGGUGAAAGGGAAAGGGGCUUCUGGAAGCUUUGUGGUGGCCCCCAACUCAGGGAAAGCGGGCUCCAAGGCCAGAGACCGGAAGCGGAGCUUGUCAGCCUCCAGCGCAGAGCAGCACGUGAAGCUGGAGGACGUCCUCCCGCUGGCCUUCACCCGCCUCUGUGAGCCCAAGGAGGCCUCCUACAGCCUGAUCAAAAAAUAUGUCUCCCAAUAUUACCCCAAGCUGAAGGUGGACAUCCGGCCCCAGCUGCUGAAGAAUGCCCUGCAGCGGGCGGUGGAGAAGGGUCAGCUGGAGCAGAUCACGGGCAAGGGUGCUUCCGGCACCUUCCAGCUGAAAAAGUCGGGGGAGAAGCCGUUGCUGGGCGGAAGCCUGAUGGAAGACGCCAUCCUGUCCGCCAUCGCAGCCAUGAACGAGCCCAAGACCUGCUCCACCACCGCUCUCAAGAAAUACGUCCUGGAGAAGCACCCCGGCACAAACUCCAGCCUCCAGGUCCACCUCCUGAAGAGGACUCUGCAGAAGUGCGAGAAGUACGGCUGGAUGGAGCAGAUCUCCGGCAAGGGCUUCAGUGGCACCUUUCAGCUGUGUUUCCCCUACUAUCCAAGCCCCGGCAUUCUGUUCCCCGAGAAACAGAAGGAGGACAAGGAGGAAGAAGAGGAGGAAGAGGAAGAGACAGAUGAUGAUGAUGACGACGACGAGGAAGAAGAGGAGGAGGAAGAAGAGGAAGACGAGCCGCCUCCAAAGAAGAGGAUGCCAAAGCGGCCCCCACCCAAAGCCCGGAACAGAGCCCCUCCCCUGGUGAAGCGACGGGAGGCCAAGCCCGCCGCCCGGAAGGCUCCCGUGGCGCACCGUGGGAAAGCAAAGCCGCCGCCUCCGCCGCCUCCUCCACCACCUCCUCCGCCCCCCAAGGCCAAGAAAGGCAAAGCCGUGCCCCCCGGCCGGCUGUCAAGAGCCUCUCCAGCACCAGCCCGGCCGCCAAGAAAAAGCCGGCCGCGGCGGCUGCGGCAGUACCAAGCGUGACCGGAAGCCCUCCGGGAAGAGAAGCAAGACUACCAUGCGGAAGUCGCUGAGAGCCAAGAAGUAGCCGGUGGGUGGGUGGUGGGCGGGGCACCGCUUAGGGGCCCCCCUUCUUUUAUAAGUACAGCCCCCCCCUUCUGUUUGUAAUUUAGUUCUGAGGCUUCACCAUCUCUGUCUCCCCCAUUUCCCCCCCCCUCCCCAGCAGUGGAGAACCGCAGCACUCCCACCUUCUCUCCCCCCCCCUCCGCCCCCCCCCCCCAGCCAGCCUCUGGGUCUAGCAUCGCAGGUAGAUCCAGAUUCUUCCUGCUGUGCCUUCGCAGCCUCCUCUCCCCCCCCCAACCCCCAUACACCCCCCUCUCCCUCCCCACAGAGUCUGGCUUCCUUUCUUCCUCCAAUCCAUCCCCCUCCCCACCUCCCCCCCCAACACAGGACUGUUCUUUUUCUAAACAAGUUUAAAAAAUAAAAAUAUAUAAUCUGUACAGGGUGCAUCCGGGCUUGGGGGGGGGGGCUUUUGAAACCGGUUGGAAAGAUUUUUAUAUUUUUAGAAGUGGAAACAGACCCCCCGCCCCCCCCCUUUUCUCCUCUUGCCAGGCCCUCCUUUAUCUCGGCCCCCUUUUUCCCCUCCCCAAAGUCCUCCCGACACCCACCCCGCCUCCCUCCCUCUUUCCUCCCCUCCCCAAGUCAGUGUUCUGUUGUUCAGCUUAGUCGCCCCCUCCCCUCCUCCCGUGACGGUCUCUCCCCCACCCCACCCCCACAACGUUUCCUUCGGAGGGGCCUUUGAGCUGCUUUCCCUUGAAAAGGGGGAACGUUUCACCCCCUUCUUUGCCCCCCCACCCCUCUCCCCCCCCUCCCCCGUUUUUCAUCCCGGAGAACGAUCCCGAUCGCCGACGUAGAGCCGCAGAGCGAAGGUCGCUUUUCUCUUUGCAGAAAUAAAAGCUUAACAAGAACUCCGGAGAGCCGCU